AUGGAUCCGGGAUGGGAUGAUGUGUCGAAUUUGUUGGGUGAACUGAGUGACAGUAGUGAAAGUGAAGAGGAGAAAUCAGUGGUGGAGGCUGAAAAUGAUUCGAAACAAGAAAUCGUUAAAAUCGCUGAUGUAUCGCAUACGAACAACCGAAACUUACCCUCUCAAGCUGAUGAUAAUACAAGAAAAAGGACAGCCGGAAGUGGAGAUACUCCGCAGCCGUCCACAUCAACGAAACGUGCGAAACUGGACGAAUCAUUAGCAAUGUCACAUGCAUCCGAAAUACUAGACGAUCCUUUGUUCGGAUUGGUCAGAUAG